AUGGCUGCCUCGACCAAACAGACUUACAGUGCUGGGGAAAAGCGAUUUAUCUCUUUUGUCAACUUAUAUCGGCCCCAAGAAGGAAAACAUCUCUUACCAGCAAGUGAAGAAACACUCAUGAAAUUUGCAGCCUAUUUAGCCAAAAGCAUCAAACAUUCAUUAAUUAAAAACUAUCUCGCAGCGGUUCGUCAUUUCCAUAUAAGAAAUGGUUUUUCAUUAGAUUGUCAACAGAUGUUGCGCCUCCAAUUGGUUCUCCGCGGUAUAAAACGGUCACAAGGAGAUAAAGUACGAGUGCGUCUGCCAAUAACAAUCCACCACUUAAAACUUUUCCAUAUGAUGUUAGCAUUACCUGUCACAACAAAUUUCGACUCAAUUAUGUCUUGGGCUGCCAUAACAUUAGCGUUCUUUGGCUUCCUGAGGCUUGGAGAGUUAACAUGUAACUCGAAAUUCAAUGGUGAUACUCACCUCAUGCCAGAAGACGUUGUCUUCUCCAACGAAGUCCAACCAACUGCUGCUAUGUUCAUACGAAUAAAAGAAUCCAAAACUGACCCCUUCCGGGUAGGGCACACAAUAACCAUUGGAGGAACAAACACACCUCUUUGUCCAGUGUUGGCCAUGAAACAAUAUCUAGCCAUAAGACCACAAAAAUCAGGUCCUUUGUUUGUAAAUGCUGUGGGUAAACCACUUACAAAACAGGCACUAACACUAGAAACACGGAAACUGCUUGCUCAAGCUGGGUUCAAUGCCUCAAACUUUGCGGGUCAUAGUUACAGAAUUGGUGCUGCAACAACAGCAGCUGCAGCGAAAUUACCUUCCUGGCUUAUUAAAACAUUGGGCCGCUGGUCUUCUGACUGUUAUGAACGAUAUAUACAAACUCCUUCAUCAACACUAUUGAGCGUUGCAGCCACACUAGCCAAUAUUUGAGAACUAUUUUACUAAAAAAUUCUGAUCCAACUUUCAGGGGGAGGGCAUAUCGUCUAUGGGGAAUGCGCUUGCUGCACAUUUGUGGGGAUGGAGUGCUCCCAAAAGGUCACCCUCAACCCCAUAGACUCACACAAAUCAAUGUAUUAUACAGUUUAUUUUAAAGUAAACAAUGACCAUCACGGGGAUCUACUACCCCUUGGACAUUAAAGUAAACGAUGACCAUCACGGGGAUCUACUACCCCUUGGACAUUAAAGUAAACAAUGACCAUCACGGGAAUCUACUACCCCUUGGACAUUCAGGAUGCCCAUCUCGGGGAUCUACUACCCCUUGGACAUUCAGGAUGCCCAUCUCGGGGAUCUACUACCCCUUGGGUAAAGUCCAACAUGGGGGAACCACGACCCCCUGAGGACAUAUAAUUAUAUCAUAAUCAUAAUGCUGUAAUAGUGAGUCUGUGGGGUGACACCAUGGCCACAGUUUAAAGUAUAAUCGGAGCAUUUCUCCCCAGCAACCCUUCUCCCACAACAUUCUGUGUGUGUGUCUUAAUUGGUUUUUAAUGAUC